AUGAAUCCCAUCGAAAUUGCCGUUUUGCCCAGCAAAGGCAGAGGUUACAAAGCAGCUACCACCAUUGCCACUGGCACUGUUAUUCAUGUAUCCGACCCACUGGCUACUACUGUAUCACAAGAAUGGAUACCCGAAACCUGUAUGUGGUGUUUUAAUUUCAGUUAUCCCAAGAAACAAAAGGUCAAAGUGAUGGCAUUACAAGAAGAAAAAGUACUGGCAAAUCGAUGGCAGGUGCCGAUCAAGAAAAACAGUGGAAGUUUGUUCAAAGGCAUGUUGUUUUGCACGGAAUCUUGUAAAAGUCAAUUCAUACUGCAUGAUAAGACAUCUCUCAUAUUGGCAUCACAUUAUCGACUUGAUCAAGAACACACAUCAAGUAGCAACCACACACCAGAUGCGCCCAUACCAGCUCAUAUUCACCAAAACAUAAAGAACGUGCCUUGGAUUGAUGUGGACAAUGAUGAAUCAUUAACGCUCUGGUUAGAAGAUGCUUGGGAUUGCAUAACAAAGAGUAAUGAUUUGCACCGAGAUAUCGACGAUAAUGACAAGGCCAUGUGUAGGCUGAUCGCUACCUGCAUUGCUCGUAAGCAUGACGACCCAGAUCAAUUUGAGGAGCUUCUGGUCAUCCAAAAUAACGAAUUGGCACACUUCAGGAGCCACUAUACAACCUCGACUUUAUACCCCAGUAGAGUGAAUCAACUUCCUGUAUUCAAAAAUGAUGUCAACAAGAGAAAGACAUUACUGUCAGUGCUGCCAGCUGAAGUACAGAAUGUUGUGGCAUUAUACGCCUUCUUUACGCGUGCGCUGACAAGUCCACUCCAUCAAGUACCAGCGCUAGCUAACGUAGACCAUCGACUCUUCCGUUCCAUCUAUUUCAGAGAGAGGGCAAACAGCUUUGGAUUGUGGGAAUUGGGUGAUAGUGGUGUUUCUUUGGCUGAUGGAGGUGUCACUGAUGAUUUGGAGCUACUAGGCUGGGGUAUCUAUCCUUCUGCUGUCUAUUUCAAUCAUUCAUGCGAUGCCAAUGUUGUCAAAGUGAGAGAGGGAAGGCAAAUGAAGUUUUUAGCAAGGCGCAUGAUUGAAAAGGGCGAGGAAGCAUGUAUUUCCUAUGGUUCAGUCGGUGAAGAUGUAAAAGACCGUCGUGCAAGACUCCUUUCUCAUUAUCAUUUUCUGUGCCAAUGCACACGAUGUAUCCAAGAAGACUUGCAACAGAAUUCAAUCAUUCGCUAA